AGUUAUAAACUAGCAGCCAAAAUCCCAAAUAGUUUGAUGUAAUUUUAAGGCCUUCAGAACUAGCUAGAUUUACACUGAAAAGGUCAGGUUACCUCCAGAUAUCUAAACCUGCAUAGAUUAGGUAGCAUGUAAUAAAGCAGUUCUUAAUGGAAAGUUUUGUGCUUAUAUUGCAGAUAUUGUUAUGUGGUUUUGUAUGCUCAAUUUCUAGUGCGAAAGAUAUCAUCACUGCAACUGACUUUCUAACAGAUGGAAAGACCAUUACUUCAUCUGAUGGAAGUUUUGAGAUGGGAUUUUUUUCCCCGGCUAGUUUCACGAAUAAUUGGUAUGUUGGAAUAUGGUAUAAGCACGAUGUACCUGAUAAGUCUGUGGUAUGGGUUGCCAAUAGAGAAAAUCCAUUCAACAACACAUCAGGUGUUAUGUUGAAAAUCAUCGAUACAGGACAACUUGCUCUUCUCACUCCUGCUAAUACAAUCAUGUGGUCUACUAAUUCAUCGAGGCCUUUGGCUGUGAAGAAUACAGUUGCACAGUUGUUGAACUCGGGGAAUCUUGUCAUAAGAGAUGCAAAUGAUACCAAGCCUGAGAAGUUCCUGUGGCAGAGUUUUGAUUAUCCUACUGAUACACUCUUACCAGGCAUGAAGAUGGGUAAGAACUUUGUAACUGGACAAGAAUUUUACCUGUCCUCAUGGAAAAACGAAUAUGAUCCAGCUCCAGGGGAAUAUACGUAUCAUUGUGAUCCGACUGGAUAUCCUCAGGAUGUCAUGAGGAAAGGUAAAGUUAAGGUGUACAGUACUGGACCAUGGAAUGGACUCCGCUGGAGUGGUGUACCAGGACUGACAAAAAAUACUAUUUAUACAUUUAAACUGGAUCUUGAUGAAAAGAGAGCAUUUUACAGCUUCGCGCUUUUAGGUUCUGUUAUGACCAAAUUAACCAUGAACAAUAACGGCGUGCUUCAGCGUUCAAUGUGGGCUGAGAAUAGACAGGAAUGGCAUGUUUACAUUUCUUCACCGGAAGAUACUUGUGACAAUUAUGGAACAUGUGGUUCAUAUGGUAGUUGCAACAACAUACUCACUCCUGUGUGUAAUUGCUUAGACAAGUUUGUGCCUAAAGAUCCAAGAAAUUGGGCAAUGACAAAUUGGUCCGGCGGGUGUAUUAGAAGGAAACCGCUUAAUUGCCAGAAUGGAGAUGGAUUUCUCAAGUACUCUGGUAUAAAGCUACCAGAUACACAGUAUUCAUGGUUUGAUAGGAGUAUGACACUCCACGAGUGCAAGCACGCUUGCUUGAGGAAUUGCUCGUGUUUGGCUUACUCAAAUCUUGAUAUACGCAAUGGUGGGAGUGGCUGUUUGCUUUGGUGUGGCGACUUAAUUGACAUUCGAGAAUUACCUGGAGGACAGGACAUUUACAUAAGGGUUGCUACCUCAGAGUUAGGCUCGAAGAAAACAAAACUACUCGUGUUGAGUCUGUUACUGUUGAUUGGAGUGACUGUGACUGGCCUGACCAUUGGGCUGUAUAUUUGGAAAAAGAAGAAGAAGAGGAAGAUGAAUUUGAAAGAUGACCUAGACCUCCCACUGUUUACCUUAUCAACUCUAACUAAAGCAUCCUCUAAUUUCUCAGUCGAGAACAAGAUUGGAGAAGGUGGAUUUGGAUCUGUUUAUAAGGGAAUCCUGGAAGGUGGACACGAAGUAGCUAUAAAGAGGCUAUCCAAGUCUUCCUCGCAAGGAGUUAACGAGUUCAAGAAUGAAGUUAUUUGCAUUGCCAAACUUCAGCAUCGAAAUCUUGUGAAGCUUAUAGGUUGCUGCAUUGCAGGAGGAGAAAAAAUGUUGGUCUAUGAAUAUAUGUGCAACAGAAGUCUAGAUCUCUUCAUAUUUGAUGAAAAGAGGAGCUUGUUACUCAACUGGCCUAAGCGCUUCGGCAUCAUCAAUGGAAUUGCUAGAGGACUUCUGUAUCUCCAUCAAGAUUCUCGGCUAAGAAUUAUCCACAGAGACCUCAAAGCUAGUAACAUUUUGCUAGAUGCUGACAUGAACCCCAAGAUCUCAGAUUUUGGCAUAGCUAGAAGCGUUGUAGGGAAUGAGACUGGUGCUAAUACACACCAUGUGGUUGGGACACAUGGUUACAUGUCCCCGGAGUAUGUAGUCCAUGGUGUUUUCUCAGUAAAAUCAGAUGUAUUUAGCUUUGGCGUAUUAGUGCUAGAGAUAAUCAGUGGUCGAAGAAACAGAGGAUUUGCCCGUGAAAGUCACAGUAUCAACCUACUCGGACAUGUAUGGAAACUUUAUAAAGAAGGUAGACCAUUAGAGCUAAUUGAUGGCCAUCUAAUGGAUUCGCGUUAUAUUUCUGAAUUGCUACGCUUAAUCCAUGUCGCUCUGUUAUGUGUACAACAAUGUCCAGAAGACAGGCCAGAUAUGCCUACAGUGAUCUUGAUGUUGACUAAUGAUGCUAUUUUGCCUCAAGCUAAGGAACCUGGUUUCUUCACAGAAAGCAAAGUCACGUCUGAAUGUUCUAUAAGCAUGUGUUCAACAAACGAAAUUACCGUCACACAGUUAGAACCCCGGUAAAUUACAUUACAUGUUCAUUCAGAUCGUUCAAUGUCAACAAGCUUGAAUUACAGUAUUUUGUGCUGUAAAGCCAUAAUUGCCUAUGGUAUCUGUUAUUAGUAAUUAUGGGUGUGUUGUAGUUUUUAUUAAUUCUAAUGUAUUUUGAAGAAUUCGUACAAAGUACCUAUUCAACAUGAGUACAUCAAAAUAAACGAAAGAUCCAUAUAAAAUAAAUCAACACAAUGAGAGUUCACAAUAACAACAGAAGCCAUUGUUGAUGGCUUUUAGAAGCUCCAGUCCCAUAGUAC